CUUCAACAGGAACCUUCCACGCUGGUUGUUGUUUCCACUGUAGUAUGCACUUGUCAUGUCCAUCUUUAUCUCUGACAGUUCAGCUUCACCUGGUUUUACAGCAUGGAUCAACGGGAAAUUAUCAUGCAAAACCUGGAAAGGGCCAGAAACAGAAAGCUCAACAGAAACGAGUUCACAAAUGAAUAUUUGAAACUGAAAAGGCAAUCGGCAACCUACAGAGCAGACAGAAUAUAUCCAACCACUACGUCUGAAAGGCCAGAAAAUAUCAGCAAGAACCGGUACAAGGACAUCUUGCCAUAUGAUCACAGCAGAGUGAAGCUCUCCCUUAUCACUUCAGAUAAAGACUCUCAUUACAUCAAUGCCAAUUUUAUCAAGGGUGUGUAUGAGCCAAAGACCUACAUAGCUACCCAGGGUCCACUUUCAACAACUGUUGUGGACUUCUGGAGGAUGAUUUGGGAAUAUAAAGUCCUGAUUGUGGUCAUGGCUUGCAUGGAAUUUGAAAUGGGAAAGAAAAAAUGUGAGCGAUACUGGGUGGAGGUGGAUGAAUCUCCCAUCCAGUUUGGCCCUUUCUCUAUUUUCUGUGAGGCUGAAGAAAAGAGAAGUGAAUAUACGAUUCGCAUUCUGAAAGUGAAACUGAAUGACAGUGAGAUCAGAACUGUCUACCAUUUCCAUUAUAAAAAGUGGCCAGAUCAUGAUGUGCCCUCCUCCAUCAACCCGAUUCUUCAGCUCAUCAAGGAGAUGCGUUGCUACCAAGCACACAGCAAUGUACCUAUCUGUGUACACUGCAGUGCGGGCUGUGGACGAACAGGAGUCAUCUGUGCCAUUGACUAUACGUGGACCUUGUUAAAAGAUGGGAUACUUCCAUUGAACUUCAGCAUUUUUAAUAUGAUUCAGGAAAUGCGCACACAGAGGCCUUUAGUAGUGCAAACUCAGGAGCAAUACAAGUUGGUCUAUGAUGCUGUCACUGAGCUCUUUCAAGUGCAAAUAGAAACACUGUCCAAUCAUUCCGGUACCAUAGCUAUGGAGACUGAAAUUCACCAUCCAACAGUCAAGACACUCCAGGCUCCACAUAUAGAAACCUCUUCUCUGAGCAGUUCAGUGCAAGAGGAGCAUGAGAAAUCUCGGUGUUCUGGUCACAGUGUAUGGGGCGUAGACACCCAUGACAGAUCCAAAGAUGGUGCUUCUUCAGUCAGGCAAGCGCUUUCUGUCGGAGCCUUGAGCUUCAGCACCAGCAGAGCCAUGGAUAUCACAGCAGGAUGGAACUCUUGGUCGGCAAAACACCUGCGCCAUAAACAUCACAGCUUGGACUUCGACAACCUUGUUUGGGCAGAGCUGCCUCUCACUUUGAAAUCGGGAGGUGAAACCGGGAUAAGCCUAGAUACGAAGGUGCCUCUAACACGGACCAAAUCUACCCCUUUUGAGUCAGCAUCACAGAGAACAUCCCAAAUGUUGACACAAAAGGACACUGGCUCUUGUCUGGGCCUCCAGUCUGGAAGCGCUCAAGCUGACUCAAGUCUUCCAAAUAAAUUGCCAAGCAAAACCCAGCGUUGCAUGCUCAGGAAGUUACGCAACCAGCCUUGCACUUGGUCAUCAGAGGAUCCUUACUUUUCUUCUCUCUCGCCAGAAGAGCCCUGCUCACCAGCACUUCCUGACUCUGCUGUGGGUCCGUCUGAAGCAGUUUCCCCAUUUCCUUCUGCUGUGGACUCUACAGCCCAGUCAUCCGGUUCCCCCCAUUUGUUGUGCAAACCACAGGCCCAGAAUAUCCACCCAUUGGAUGUGGUGGAAUCGGCCUGCCAGACUUCCUCCCAAGAGGAUGAAGACGUUCCUCCUCCAUUACCUGAGAGAACCCCUGAGUCCUUUAUUGUACCUGGAGAAGACGAUUACUCUUCAUUGACAGCUUCAAACAACCAGCAACCACUCAAGAAUGAGAAAAUUGGAGUCUCAAAAGAAUGGAGCAGCAUGUCUCAGCUGAAAUUUUCUGAUGACUCUGUGAGAUUGAGGCCAAGUAAGAGUGUGAAGCUGCAGAGACCCAGAUCAGAGUUUCAUCGGAAUCGUUCUCCAUCGCCUCCCACUCCCCCACUUCCAGAGAGAACUCCUGAGUCGUUUAUUCUUGCAGAUGAGGACUCUCUGCCAUCUGUCACGAACAAUGUUGUGAGCCUUGGAGACUCUGGAAUUAAGUCAACAGACAAGUCAUCAAAGGAUGCAAAAUGCUUCAGGAGGAGUAAGAGCUUGAAGAUUUUAAGAAAUGUGAAAAAUAGUAUUUGUGGUCCAUCUUCACUUUUAAAAGCCCCAGAACCUGAUAAAUCAAAUAAUUCCAGCUCUCUUCGGAGUUUUGGCUUUGCAAACCGAUUUUCAAAACCCAAAGGACCAAGAGAUCCGCCACGAAGUUGGAACAUUUAGUAGAACUUCAUAGAUGCCCUUUGUCUCCAGUACUGCAGACUGUCUUGCCGUUUUGCCUUUAGUUUGUCAAAUGCUAUUUGCAACGGGAGCAUCAUUUUGAACAAAGAGGCUCUCGUUGUGAUGCUCAAAGACAGGAUAGUAUAUAUCCUCUAUAGACUGAAUACAAUACAACCUCAUCUAUCCAAUUGAUCUGGACUGCAUCUAAAGUAAAUGGGAACAGAUGCUGUGUCACACUUCUAAUGAGGCAGCAAUAGGCUGUUUGUAGAAACAACACCCUGGACCGAACAA